AUGCCUCCACGGUUACGGGUCUCAAAUGCACGCCUUCCACGCUCGCUCCGAUGCCAACGGGCACUAUACCAACAUGAGCUUUCCAUCCUUGCACGGUGUGCGAGCACAGCGACGACUCCGGCACCAUCGCACGAGCAAAUUACACAAUCCCCUCCUCCAAUUGCCAGAUACCCUCCCUCUCAGCCCCCCUCCCACCGCAGUCCCGAAUACCGGAGGUCACAACUUCUGCGGCAAUACACCUCUCUCAUUCGCACCACACCUCUGAUGGUGUUCUUCCAACAAACAAACCUCAAGUCUGUGGAAUGGGUUGGAAUCCGGCGAGAACUGAACAAGGCCAUGCGGACCGUGGACGAGAAAAUCGCCACAGAGGGCCGCGCUGCUCCCGCAUUGACACCCCACAUCAAGAUGCAGACCAUCCAGACCAACAUCUUCGAAGUCGCACUGCGUGUCGUCGAGUACUUCCGUCCCGAUCAAGACUCCAUGGCUGCCGCACAGAGCCCCAGCGCUGUUGACCCCGCAUCGCAGACUUCCGCCGAGAUCAACCUGGCCGGGUCGAGGGAUGACCCGAGUUUGUCCCACGACCUUUCCCGUACCGCCCACGACGCCGUGUUGAACAUGAAGAACAAGCACGAAUUCUCAACGCUUCUUGCCGGUCCCAUUGCCGUCCUCACAAUCCCCCAGGUCUCGCCAGAGCAUAUGAAGGCAGCGCUCUCGGUCCUCUGCCCUAAGGCCGUUGGCUAUCCUACCCCGACCCGGAGAGCCAGCCCUGGAUGGCAUGAGACUAACGUGCAGGAGGGUCUGCAGAAGCUGAAUUUGCUUGCUGCCCGUGUGGACGGCGAUGUAUUCGAUCUCGACCAGACCAAAUGGAUCGGCAGUAUCGAGGGUGGUAUGGAUGGGUUGCGCUCGCAGCUCGUCAUGGCAUUGCAGAGCAUGGGGUCCAGUGUUACGAAUACUUUGGAGGGUGCUGGAAAGAGCCUUUACUUCACUCUCGAGAAUAGGAAGAACGUUUUGGAGGAGGAGCAGAAGGGUUCAGAGGAAGGGAAGAACGAUUCGUGA